CUGGGAAGGUGCCCGGGCGGCGGCCAUUUUGUCUUAUCGGCUCCUCUUUGGAAGAGGCUUUUCGGCUUGAGAGUGGGCCGAGGGGUUGGUUCGGCGGCCGAGGGGCUGGUGUUUUUCGUCGGUGGGUGCUAGGGCUGGCGUGAGCAGCCGCCCGGAGGAAGCACCAUGAUUUCUGCCGCGCAAUUGUUGGAUGAGUUAAUGGGCCGGGACCGAAACCUCGCCCCGGAUGAGAAGCGCAGCAACGUGCGGUGGGACCACGAGAGCGUUUGUAAAUAUUAUCUCUGUGGUUUUUGUCCUGCGGAAUUGUUCACAAAUACCCGUUCUGAUCUUGGUCCGUGUGAAAAAAUUCAUGAUGAAAAUCUAAGAAAACAGUAUGAGAAGAGUUCUCGUUUUAUGAAAGUUGGCUAUGAGAGAGAUUUUUUGCGAUACUUACAGAGUUUACUUGCCGAGGUAGAGCGUAGAAUUAGACGAGGUCAUGCUCGUUUGGCAUUAUCUCAAAAUCAGCAAUCUUCUGGGGCUGCUGGUCCAACAGGCAAAAAUGAAGAAAAAAUUCAGGUUCUGACAGACAAAAUUGAUGUGCUUCUACAGCAGAUUGAAGAGUUAGGAUCUGAAGGAAAGGUAGAAGAAGCCCAGGGAAUGAUGAAAUUGGUUGAACAGUUAAAGGAAGAGAGAGAAUUACUAAGAUCUACAACCUCGACUAUAGAAAGUUUUGCUGCCCAAGAAAAACAGAUGGAAGUUUGUGAAGUGUGUGGAGCCUUUUUGAUAGUAGGAGAUGCCCAGUCCCGGGUAGAUGACCAUCUGAUGGGAAAGCAACACAUGGGCUAUGCCAAAAUUAAAGCCACUGUGGAAGAAUUAAAAGAAAAGUUAAGAAAAAGAACAGAGGAACCUGAUCGGGAUGAACGUCUCAAAAAAGAGAAGCAAGAAAGAGAGGAAAGAGAAAAAGAGCGAGAGAGAGAAAGGGAAGAACGGGAAAGGAAAAGACGAAGAGAGGAGGAGGAAAGAGAAAAAGAAAGAGCUCGUGACAGAGAAAGGAGAAAGAGAAGUCGUUCACGGAGUAGACACUCAAGCCGAACUUCUGACCGGAGAUGCAGCAGGUCUCGGGACCACAAGAGAUCACGGAGUAGAGACAGAAGGCGGAGCAGAAGUAGAGAUCGGCGAAGAAGCAGAAGCCAUGACAGAUCAGAAAGAAAACAUAGAUCUCGAAGUCGGGAUCGAAGACGGUCAAAAAGCCGAGAUCGAAAGUCAUAUAAACACAGGAGCAAAAGUCGGGACAGAGAACAAGAUAGAAAGUCCAAGGAGAAAGAAAAGAAGGGAUCUGAUGAUAAAAAGAGUAGUGUGAAGUCCAGUAGUCGAGAAAAACAGAGUGAAGACACAAACCCUGAAUCGAAGGAAAGUGACACUAAGAAUGAGGUCAAUGGGACCAGUGAAGACAUUAAAUCUGAAGUGCAGCGUAAGUAUGCACAGAUGAAGAUGGAGCUAAGCCGAGUAAGAAGACAUACAAAAGCCUCUUCUGAAGGAAAAGACAGUGUAGUCCUGCAAAACAUUUUGAGGUACAUUGUUUUGUCUCAGCUAUUUUGUAGCAGACUUCGUGCCCCCAUUAGUGUGCCUCUUUGGAAAUUACUGUCCACGUAUGUAAUAUAGUCGCCAUUGAAAAGUUAAUUAUCCUUUUUUUAGGGAUUUCGCUGUCAUUUCUUUCUUUUUCUUUUUUUUUUUUUUUUAAUAAAAAGGUUGAACUGUUUUUUUUUUCUUUUUGGUAUUAAGUCCAUCUUGUGUUGGUACAUUGGCAGAAACAUAUGCUUUAAAACUUAACUAUUUCUGAGGCACAUGUUGGACUACUUUGUUUUAAUUAAACUGCUAGUAUUUAUUUGUCCAGGAUGUUUCUAGUUUUUUGCUUUAUUGCCUUGCAUUCUAAUGCAGUUUGUUCUGUAACUCGAGAGCCAGUAGCAUUGGAUUGAUGGAAGUGUAGGGUUUAUGAAUUAUUGCAGCUGACUACCAUACCUCACACAGCGUUGGUGUUGUGAGCGGCCCAUGAAAAGCCAAAUUAGAAAUCAAGGAUUCAGUCAAACUAAGCAGGUAUUCAUGCCAGGUACUCCUUUCUCUACCCACAUCGUGUUUGAAUGCUAUUGCCUGUGACCUUUACGCUUAACUGUUGUGUAUCCUUUUUGUUCUAUACAAGAAGCACAGAGGGGUUUUUUGUGUAUUGCGUGAAAUCUUACAAAUCCUAUGUUAACAGAAUGGAAUUUUUUUUCAACUGUAUGUAGGGAUGCAGUGAUGCCCAGAAUUAGAUAUCUUUAAAGAAUUUUAAAUACAAUAAACACUUCAUAUUACCCGCCUUGUUACAUUCAGUGCAGUUCUCAAGUCUUUAAGAGGUAUGUGUUUAAUGUUUCCUACUGUGUAGGAGAAUUUGCAGUCAGCCAUAGUACAGAGGAAUAAUCACUGGCUGAGACAUUCAUUGAAAACAGCAGCAUCUAGCAAGGACAGACACUUGGAUCAGUGACACAAAGAACUGAUUGAUUAUCGGAUGAGGUUGGGUUCUUAAAGAACUGUUGAAAGCUAGGUUUUAUAGGUGUUCUUAAAACCUCUAACUUCAGUCUUCGGGCUAGUGGUGUGGGAUGAAAUAUUCCUAAUGAAAGGAAGUACCAAUUAGUUGAUUUACUGGUGGCGCUCCUGUUUUAGAAAGGCAGUGUAGUUAUGACUGUGAACGGUUCACACAGAGGCAGCACUCACAGGCACAUGGCUCUUGAGAGCCACACCUAUGCCUUGAUGUGAAAACAGUACAGACAUUUACAUACAUGUGUAUCAUGGUUAGCAAUUAGCAACCGGGCCAACACUUAGUCAUAAAAUUUUACCUUGUAUAUGCUGUCUAAUUAUCAAUUUUCCCCAAAUUUUGCAUUGUAGGACUACUGUUGAAGAGUUUUUGAAGAAUACUGAAAACGGAAUAAAGUGAAGAUCAACAUUAAAAUGAGGUGAAAGAAAGCUAUAGUGGCGUAGAAAAAGUAUAAAGCUCAGUUAGUUAUUUGGUUUUUUUUAUUAUUAUUAAAAAUUAAUUCAGGACUGUUGUGACCUACCAGAUUUCAGAACAUGUGUUAAUAGCACAUAUGCCACUUUGAAAACUUAGGUCCUGUAUCAUAUUUUUUCUUUAAGACUUUCUAAGAAAUAUUACCUAAACAUGUGGCUUGCUCAGUGUUUACUUGCAAGUUUUCAGUCUUGGACUUUGAAAACAGGAUUAAACUUAGUAUUCAUGUGAAGCAGACUGGGAUUCCAUUUUUACACUUCUGCUACACUUAGCCUUUGGAUUUAGAAGUGAAAAUAAAGUAUCUCUGACUUUCUGUUACAAAGUUGAUUGUCUGUGUCAUUGAAAGGCUUUAGUGUUGCUCUUUUUCUAAUAAAGUGACCGACUCCAACUGCU